UUCCCUGCCUCGUUCUGGGUGCCUUCCCCUGUGGAUCCGCAUCAGACUCAGAUGGUCACAUAAGGCGACUCGGAGACGAGUGGCAGAGCGCUUCGUAGCCGAAAGACCCUAUCCUGUCUCCUCCAUUGGGCAAACACAUCAGACCCUACAGGGAGCGAGACGUAGGUUAGGUCCUGUAUAAUUCAGCAUCUCCCCCGAUCGUUGCUGUCCUCCGUCACGUAACUCUACGAUCGUCAUGGACGCUGUACUCGAGCAAAGUAUAAAGAGAUUGCCGGACAUGUUACUCUCUCAACACCAGACCUCCUCGCUCAACUCCCCACGACAUGAACUACUGCUCCUCUCCCGAGAUGACUUUCUUCUACCCCAUCCAGGUCCACUACACCGGUGCUCCAGUCUCGCAUGACGAGAUUGAUGCCUCUGGUCUCGCUGCCCUCACGAACGAUAUCUCUGACGCUACCGUAUCUUGUUCGGAGGCUACCCCAUCGCAGCUUGAAGCCGACACCUACUACCCAAGUGUCGGUGAUCAGGCCCAGGAUUACAUGCCUGAGCCCACCAUGGUCCCGGCUACGGGAUUUGCUGAGGUUAGUCCCUUGGCCACCACUCUUGAUAGAGAGCAGUGGAACCAAUUAAGCAUCGGCAUGCCUCAUGCCAUCAUGUCUCCCUCUUUCCCUGUCAUCUCUCCUUCCUCGUAUCACGCGCUUCAGCACAUCAUCUCCACCCCAUCUCAGCCGCAAGCUGACAUGUCCUCGCUGCAAGGCUUCGCCCAGCUCUUGCUGGACUCUGAGUAUGCUGUCUCCCCUGCCGCCCUCGAGAUGUCUCCAUACCAAGUCAUCACUUCUAUCAUCUCUGAGACUCAUUUCAACCCGAUACUAUUUCACCCCGAGUUGUACUCAACCUCUUCUACUCCCUCGAGCCCAUCCUCCUUAAGUUAUGGCAAUGCCUGGACUACCGGCUCAGACUCGGCAGACUUCGACUACACUUCCCCGCCGCGCCAGAAGCUCGCCUCAAGUUGCAUGCGCAAGACCGCGGGAGUAUCUCCCGCCGCACCGCGCACGCCAAAGACACACCAACACUUCGCGCCGCCGAGCCCCUCCUUGCCCUUGCCUAACUCCCCCGUUUCCCGCGCGCCCGCAGUCAAAUACACAAAGCGCCGCACGCGACAAGUCGCCACCGAUCGCGAUAUCGCGGAGCCUGAGACAGACGGCCCGCGAGCGUACAUGUGCCCGCUCUGCGAGCACCACCAGGCGAACCGACAUCUGCCGGACCUGCGCCGACACAUAGUAGCACACUAUCCCGAUGCGCGCGAGCACGUGUGCCGCGGCGUGUGCUUGGCCGUCGCACCACCGGGUGCGGUCGAGCGGUUCGGCGUGGUCGAGGAGGUUGACGGCGAGGAGCGCGUCGGCGGGUGCUACCAGGUAUUCAGCCGCUACGACGCGCUCCUGCGCCACCUCCAGAACCCGAACAAAGCUUGCCUGUAUGAUGCCUCGGAGCUCAGGCGCAGGGCAGGCACGCGCAAAGCCAGGGCGGCUGCUCCCACGGCCUAG